AUGCAGCUCAAACAAAUGAAAAACAUGCUUUCAAAAACGAUGCUCCUGACGACGAUUUUACAUCUCGCUGGAGCAGCUUCUUUGCUGCGGGAAGCAGCGUUUCAAGCAAAAAUAGAGCGGGACCGAAUCAAGCAGCAGAUGCCUGAACCCGAACCUUUGGCCCUCCGCAGAAACCGGUUAAACGAACCGAUUCUUUUAUCAAACACUUCCAGCUCCUGCUCGACACAAUUCGUGGCAACUGCAAACGAAGCGCUUUCAAGAAGUUUUACUUUCUUUUGCGCGAAAUUUAAUGAAAAACCGCUCGGAAACAUAAAACUCCCCUCGAAUCCUGAUCCACUCAAAGCUCUGGGAAAAAGUUGUGAUGCGCAAGAUGGGGCAAAUUUUGCCGGGAGUCUCGUCGACAUCUUUUCUGCUGCUUUGGCUGAUGAGGGAAAAGUCGAAUCGCCAGAUGUGAUUUCAAGGAACAUUUUAAUGCUGAUCAACCGCGGGAGUUACUCCGAAGCUCGUCGUUACCUGGGCAAGCUGCUCAGACGAGUGUUUAUCGAUUUGACGACAUCAGAUGAGCUCUGUGACGGUUCCAUACGGCAUAAACACAGAAUCCUGGCAUACAUGGAAGCGCAAUUGACGAUGACAAUCGACAGAGUUUCAGAACAAAGAUUUGCGGAUUUGUUCCAAAUCGCAAAAUCCGCCUUUUCCGCUUCUGAUUCAUCCGCUGCUCCGCCUGUCUUUUUGAAAUCAUCAUCGCGCGGCGACUCGGAUUCCGCACUGGCCGCGCAGUUAACUUUUUUGGCUUCCGCCGGAUGUCACGUGGUCUUCUACUCCCGCUCCAACAAAGCCGCCAGGACCCUCCAGUUGAAUUCGGCUGAUAACGAUUGCGACCUCAAGUUUUUAUAUCAAGUCAUCGCCGCUGAUGUCGAACCUGGAACUCCUCUCAUUUUCCGAUCUUCAGCUCUUUCAUCCGUCUCAAAUCUCUCUUGGUCAGACUCUGUUGCUGCUCUUGCUCACGAGUCAGAUAUCGAGCUUGUCUUCUUCGUCGACUCUUCUCAAAAUCCAUCAGUUGUCUCCGCCCUCGAAAGCGCCGCGGAGUACUCUGGAGGACACGUUCGAAAAGUUGAAAAUUUGAACAUCCAGGAACUGGCGAAAUACAUCGAUUUGAAAGUCGCGCCAAAUCGCUCGCCUAUUUACAAAAAGCGUGGCCCCGGACCGCAUGGAAUUCUUCUCGACAACCAGUCAAGCGACCAACUCAUCGAGGUCACGUGCUCGGGAGAUUUGGACGGAAUCUUUAUGGAUUCAGUUGGUGAUUUGAUGGAGUACCUCGUGCUCGAGUCGAAUGGCUUCUUUGUUUUUGCACCAGAAGUGAAUUUGGAAGAUGAAAUUGUGAUUGAUGAUUUGGUGCUAGAAUGCGAUGGGGUCGCGGAAGUCUCCGUCUCGGUCAAAUCUGAUUUGUCAGCUUUCAAAAUGCCUUCUCAAAAGAUGCCAAAACGAGGUCUUUCCCGCUUCAGCAUCUCAACGAAGGAUGAAAUCUCCGAUGUCCGAGUCCUCUCCGACGAUGGUGACAACGCUCGGGCGUUUUCAAAGACAAUCGGUCCUCAAUUCGUCGAAAUUGGCUCCGGCCGCGACUUGGCUCCAGGACCAGCUUGGGCGAAAAUGACGCUUGGAAGCGGAAUCAUUCGAUUGAAACGAGCGAGUGUGAAGCUCUUCCAACUGGUUUCCAACAUCGAUGGACUGAUUCUAGAGCCGUCUGAGCAACUGCAAAUUGAAUUCCUCGCUCACAACGAUUUCGACGCAUAUGAUCUUUCCGUUGCUUCAUCGAAAGACGAUUGGUCGAUUUUUGUCAUGUCAAAAACAACCGAUGAAAACGAAGAAACCUCAAAAGUGCUUUUGUCCGCCCACGCGCCGGGAAAUCUGAUUGGCGUCGACUCCAAUACCGUUACUUUGGUCGCCAAGAAAGAUGGAAAAAUAAUGGACAGCUUUAUGCUCCGACUUGUGGCUGAUGAUACACCGGAGAUCGCAGCUGAUCUGGUUGAAUUCAACUCGGUCGUCAUUAGAAGACUCAGCACCGUGGUGACCACCGGAGAGUUUGAUAAUUCAAACGGCAAUUCUAGACGCGAAGCAAUUAUGUCCGUAAUGGUCCCAGAAGACGCCUUUGUCUCAGAACUGACGAUCGUCUAUAAUGGUGAAGAAUUCCACUCUCGAAUCAACCAGCCACAAGAAACGAACACCGACGCGCCGAUGGUUUUGGACACGGGUCUCUAUCCGACUACCAGCACGACCACUACCACCACUACUCCGCUGUACAAGCGUUCUUUGGAGUUGAUCUCCUUGAGCAGCCAGGACGGUAGCAAAAUGAAUUUGGUUAAGAUGAGACAGGACAAACACCGGAUUUUGGUCAAAUCGACUGUCGAAAAAGGGCACAAUAUUAAGUUCAGAAUCAAAACUGAACAAGUCCUCAAAAGACGGCGAUUUUCUUACUCACAUUCGAUCGGAGUGAGCAUGGAAGCGGCAAAAUACGAGUACACGCUCAUGAUCGAGGACGACGAAAACUUGAGACGAAUCAGUUUUGGUCAAGCUUCGAAUGAGUUUUUCAAAAACGCAUCUUCGAUCAUUCAGCCUGGUCCAUUUUCAGCAGGAAUUAGCCAUUCCUGGACUCCAUCUGAUAACAAUGGCCUUGACCCCUUCGCUGAAAUGCUAACCAUCAAUUUCGACGUCGCUCAGUCAUCUAGCUCCUGUGAUCUUUCCUGGGCCGGCGAGGAAAAAGAAUUCGUCUCCCGCUGUCGAGUCGAAGACGACAACAUCGACCGCCCCGUCGAAGCCAUCUUCCUCCUCGACACAUCAACUUCCAUGUUCGGCCGAAGAUCUCAACAAGCAGCCAAGAUAAUCUCUCUGAUGCAAACGAAUCUUCGACCGACGGACAAAUUCAACGUUGCAAGAUUCGACCGAGAGCUCGAAUUUCUCGAUGAGGAAAAUGACUUGAUGGAUAAUACGGCGGAAAAUAGAGAAAAGGCGAUGGAUUUCAUGAUUCGAGCAGCUGAUGGGGGAGGAACUGAUAUUUAUACAGCCAUUGUUCAGGCUCUGGUCAAGCUUCUCCGCUCAACGUCCGGCUACUCGCUCCCCAACGUCUUCCUCAUCACAGAUGGCGAAGCUACCGUAGGCGUCACCGAUCCCGAAGUCAUCCUCAACACCGUCGACUACGUCCGCUCCUCCCGCGGCAUCCACAUCAAUACCAUCCAUCUCGGCAGCCAAACUUAUCUCACCAAAAACCUGGCGAAACUCGGUAAUGGUCUAACGACAACGAUCAAAGAAGAAGACAUCGAGUUGUUCUCCGCCUCCGAGUUCUUCCACAACGUCAUCGGCAAUUCCCUCGAUCAUGCCGACUGGGGCGUUUCCGACAUUUCCAUCGAAUUCACUUCCGGAGUCGAUAAAAACUCGCUGACAAAUCUGAACUUCCCAAAACUCGUUCCAGGAAACGAGCUGAUCAUUGGCGGAAAACUCACGGGAGACGGAGAGAGCAUUAUUCGAGCAGAGCUGAACUACACUGCCCUCGGGGGAGUUCGCCAAGAAAACUUUGUGAAAUUCUGGAAUCAAGCAGCGGCGAGAUCGGAAAAACGACCGCACUGGGCGGAUUUUAGCUCCAGGACUGUGGCGAAUCUAGAAAUUAAACAGCUUUUGGAAGAAUGGCACGACCCGAGUUUAUCAGCUGAUGAAAAAGCCGACUUAGAGGAGCAGAUAAAAGAGCGCUCUCUUGAACGAAAUCUUCUUACACCUUUUACGGUUCUUCAUGUUCCCAAACCAGCGUUGCAGGAAGCGAUGAAGAGCAACUUGAAUGGAGAUGACAUUGAUUUUGACUCGAUUAUUUUCGGAAGGCAUAGAAGAUCGAUUGAAGACAGAUUACAGUAUCAAGACAUAAAAUUCCGCCACGCUGGAAAGCGUAAGCUCCCGCUCGCCUACGAGCCGAUCAUGUGUGGAACUUCAUCCCUUCUCAUCCAGCCAGAAUCAAACUCCUUCAAAUGCUCAAAAGCUUCGCAAAUCGAGACCAAGAAUCUGACGAUCAAUAACUCGGAUUUCGCGAAUGUGACUCUAGAAUUCGAAAAGCAAAAGAUCGAGGAGCUGGUCGUUGAGACAGCGGAUACGAAGAUAAUCAUCGGAAAAGAAAACGUGAUGAAGAAAGAAGGUGAUCUCCAGACGAGCAUUGGAUUUGGUCACGCUCAGGAUCAAAAGGGCGAAUUGAGCUGGGCCCGAUUCUUCAACUUCGUGUACGUUUACUUUUCCGACCACAUGGUGGCAGUAGAAAUUCUCGACGGAGAAAUCCGCUUCGAGUUCGGACGCCGCUCCUUGCUCCCCCGAAGCUGGACAUCUUUUCCUCGACCGAAAAGCGAUCUCCACUGCUUUGGACAAACCGUUUCCCUCACAAAUUGUUAA